UAUUUAAUAACUAUAAAAUAGAAAUAAAUGGAACAAAAUUUAUUUAGUAGGUUGGAAAUUGAAUCGGGAAGAGAGGAAGGCAGCUUAGCUAUCCGCAACCAACAAGAGAAGAAGAAUAUCAUUUUGGUUAUUGAUUGAUUGAUCUGAAUCAGAGAGAGAGAGAUGGCUAAUCUGUAUGUGAAGGCGGUGCCACCGGCGGAUCUGAACAGGAACACGGAGUGGUUCAUGUAUCCAGGGGUGUGGACCAGCUACAUCCUCAUCAUCUUCUUCGCAUGGCUUCUCGUCCUCUCCAUCCUCCACUGCACCCCCGGCAUCGCCUGGACCAUCAUCAACCUCGCCCAUUUCGCCAUUACGUAUCACUACUUCCACUGGAAGAAAGGAACCCCGUUCGCGGAGGACCAAGGGAUCUACAACCAGCUGACGUGGUGGGAGCAGAUUGACAGCGGCAAACAGCUCACUCGGAACCGCAAGUUCCUCACUGUUGUCCCCGUCGUUCUGUACCUCAUUGCGUCGCACACAACUGACUACCGACACCCCAUGCUGUUGUUCAACACCCUCGCUGUCAUUGUCCUCCUCAUUGCCAAGUCCCCCAAUAUGCACAAGGUCAGGAUUUUCGGAAUCAAUUCUGACAACUGACUCUCUUCUUCUUUUUCUUUUUCCCAUUAAUUACUUGUAAUGUUUUGCUGCCUUUUAGCUAUAAAAUCGAAUAAAUCUUUUCACUUUUUCAUUUUUUUUUUCCUCUACUACUCACUCUGCCUGCCUCUCUUUUCAUUUAAGCCUGGCCCAGUCAACUAGAUCAAACUAAUUGUAUUUCGAUCACAAAACUAUGUAUGUGUAUGUUGUCAUUUGAAUUUAAAUCAACUUGUGUUACUUCUCAAUAACA